AUGGCAUCAAGGACCAGUGUUCGAGCGAAGCGGCCGAGCCGCGACCUGCUCGACUCCAUGGAAGGGUCUGCCAGACCCAGGCACAAAGGCCCAGUCGCUGCACGUGCCAAAGCCAAGACGACAAAGGGUCCUGCACGGACUACACCGCAAGCUAGCGAAGCUUUCGGCGAUGCGCGUCUGCCGACUGGGUCUGCAGGUCCAGCGACAUUGUCGCAGGCAAGCUGCCGCCAAUUAGAAGAGCUGUGCGCCGCAAUGGAGCGGGCUCAUGCAGCCGGUCGGCCAGCGAUAAGCGACGCAGAUCUCAAACGAGCCAUCAACGGCAGCCUUGCCGACUCUCCGUGCCAGAUCUCUAUGACUGGUGGCACCGCGACGCAUCCACGCUUUGCAGGAAUCUGGGCCUGGCUUCAACAGGUCAGGCACUUUGCCAGUCGGGGUGAAGCCUUCGACAGCAGCCCUUCGACUCCAGCAGAGAUGUUGGCCUUUCGACUAGCCGCCAACGAGCCAGCGUCGUGUCCAGAUCCUCCGCACGAGCCAGACCAACGAACUAACUCGCAUGAUCGGUCAAAUUCUGGUCUCGAUGGCCCAUUGCGUCGGGCUGGUCCUGGCGAUAUUGAAAUGCACAUUGAUCCUGCCCUUACUACGGCGAACCCUACACCGUCGCAUGCCGGCGAUAUUGCAGUGACAACUGCGGCGAGACGUCCGCGAGCAGCGUCUGGGCGAAACGCCCCAUCGUUGACUGAAGCUAGUCCUGCUCCAGCCACGAAUUGGCGAGACUCAUUGGUUCAGGAUCUGAAUGCUCGCAGCCAGGCGAAGCGCACAGUUCUUUCCAGUGUCGGGGGCCAUCGACAAUACAAGAAGCAGAUCAUCGAUAGUUUCAAGUUAGUCAACCCGGGACAACUCAACGCCGGCCGUAACGGUGCUGGCACACUCGAGUAUAUCGACGAGGAAGGGCGGAAGCAUGUGAUGCCUGUCCACAUUGCAUCUUGGGAAGAGACGCUCGUCAAACAUACCGAACCAAAGCAGGGCAGCUCAAUUCCUUACCAGACGUAUGACCAGUUGCGCAAGCCUCCGUCCGAGUAUGCAAGGGUCUUCAAUGGACACCAAUAUACGGCCAGGCGACAUGUGCUCGGUUUCCUUGCCAUCAGCAGCCGCGAUUCGCUGACUGUUCUUGUGCAGACAAUUCGUAAUUGUGUCGACUGUCCAGGGCAGAUCUAUCUUACUGUUGGUCUGCGUACGGACACAAGAACCGCGUCCCGCGACGAUGACAACAUCGCUGACCCGAGAGUGGCUUGGGUGGAAGCCUCUGCCGGCCUGGCGGAUAACGAAGAGCUUCUUCAGCUUGUCCUUGACUUCCUGGAAGCAUACUUCACAAAAGGCAAGCAACUACGAGCCUCUUACACUCGCGACACUACCACACGAGGCGGCACCAUGUCCAUUCUUGAACACAAGCGGAAGAUGCACGAAAUAGAGCAACGAUGUCAGCAAUCCGAGCAACGAAUUCGGGAACUUCAGCACCAGCUGGCGGAAAGCAGCCGUACAGCUGCUAGCAGCGCACCCGUUGACGCUCAGACUGCAUCGUCUCGGCAGGUGCCGGCAGAGACGCAAAAGAUAGCGCACCUCGAGAACAUCGUAGAACAGCAGCGCGAAGCUAUGGAACAGCAGCGCGAAACCAUAGAAGAAAUGGGCGAGAAGAUACGGGCGUACGAAGAACUCAUAGAGAGAGAAGACUAG